UUUUCUAUAUUUUUACUAUUUUCUACAUUGCAGAAUAAUAGUGAGACAUCAAAACUAUGAAAUAACACAUAUGGAAUCAUGUAGUAACAAAAAAAAGUGUUAAAGGCAUCAUUUUUUUUCCUGAAAAUGUUUGGCCUAUAAUUUAAGUGAGGGGGAAAAUAGAACAAAACCAGAUCAAGUCUGGUAAAAUAGUUACAACUGUUAGGUAUGUUUCACUUUACAAAUAGCUAGGCUUACAUGACUCCAGUGAGUCAUUUAACCAAACCCAUAUCAACAAAAAGGUGUAAUGGGUUUGCACUCAAAAAUAUGUUGCAUUAAGCUUACUUCAUUGUUCUAUUUUUCUUAACUAUUUUCAUUGUAUCAAGGAUAGCAUACCAAACCCAUAUCACUCAACAGUAAACUGGUUUGGCUGGUACCAAACCCAUAUCACUCAGCUGUAAACUGAAUUGGCUGGUGUUUAUGACUUCUUGCAAAUGCUGGUGGAGGAACAUGAGGUAGUAAAACAAAAGUGAAACUGUACAGACAUUCUCCGAAUCCGAAUGCAAGAUAUCGUGGUGGCUCGUGGAUUAGUCAAUCAUAAACCAAUCUUUCUUAAACUUUAGAACAUAUUCAAUAGGCUACAGAGUACAUUAUUUUGUUAUUUGGGCAAGGGCAAGGCAGAGUUAGUGGGCAUCCAAUGAUAAUAGGAAGAGAGCUGGCCCGAGCAGUAAGUAGUAAAAUUGUUUACUAAAUUGAGACGACAACUUUUUAGGAUGCGUCGCAGGAUUGAACGGCUGUGUCCAUUUUUCCUGGUUCCAGUUCUCUCCUACUUACCCUGGAGAUCGAUCGUGGAAAAUUAUUUUGCAAGGUUUUUGGAACGCACAGGGAGAUGUAUCUUGCCAAAUAAUCCUGACAGUCCAGAAUCCCUUUCCGGUGAAGGAGUGGGGAGUCCAGAAUCCCUUCUAAGUGAAGGAGUGGGGAGUCCAGAAUCCCUUCCUACUCAAGAAGUGGAGAGUCUAGAACCCCUUCCCAGUGAAGGAGUGGGGAGUCCAGAAUCCCUUCCCAGUGGAGGAGUGGGGAGUCCAGAAUCCCUUUUUAAUGAAGGAGUGGAGAGUCCAGAAUCCCUUCUAAGUGAAGGAGUGGGGAGUCCAGAAUCCAUUCCUACUCAAGAAGUGGAGAGUCUAGAAUCCCUUCCCAGUGAAGGAGUGGGGAGUCCAGAAUCCCUUCCCAGUGGAGGAGUGGGGAGUCCAGAAUCCCUUUUUAGUGAAAAAAUGGAGAGUCCAGAAUCCCUUCCCAGUGAAGGAGUGGGGAGUCCAGUAUCCCUUUUUAGUGAAGAAGUGGAGAGUCCAGAAACCCUUCUCAGUGGAGCAGUGGAGAGGCCAGAAACCCUUCUCAGUGGAGAAGUCAAGCUUCGGGUUGUCAAGUCAGCUAGGUCAUAUGAUGUUGAAGACACGGAUGAGUACUACUGCGAGUACGACUCGACAUGGGAGGAUCCUCCAAACAAAGAAACCAGUCGUCAAAAGUCCCAACAUGAGUGGGUACACCAGUACACCGGUUGGUCGCAACAAUCACACAGGUUUAACAGAUUCAAAAGUGCAGCAAAGGAUAUGCAAAAGUACAGGCAUGAUUAUCCAGAGCAUAGAUCAAACUUGUACUUCGGCUUGCAACAACAAGAAGAUAUGCCUAAUUUACAGUUCUACCGUGAACAAAUACCCUCCUCCCCUGAUGGUGUCUUCAUUGAGGACUUUCACAAGAAAUGGAACAGGCAAUAUUUAAAACUGGAAAGAGUUCACUCAUACAUCCAAUGGUUGUUCCCUCUUCAAGAACCAGGAAUGAAUAAUCAAGCCAAGGAACUCACCAAAAAGGAAAUUGAGGCUUUCCUUCAAGAUGAAACUGCAAAGAAGAGGCUGGUCAAGUCGUACAAGCUCAUGCUGGACUUCUACGGCAUCCAGCUGUCAAAUGACACAACAGGGGAAGUACGACGUGCUAAUAACUGGCGUGACAGAUUUGACAACCUGGACAGAAAUACACACAACAACCUGCGCAUCACCCGCAUCCUGAAGUGCCUGGGCACUCUGGGGUUCCCCUACUACCAGGCCCCACUCGUCCACUUCUUCCUGGAGGAAACUCUUGUCAAAGGGAACCUGUACAAUGUGAAGGAGAGCGUGCUCAACUACUUCAUCUUUGCUGUCAUUGAUAAGCAACAACGCAGGGAAUUAGUUAAGUAUGCCUACAAGCACUAUGAGCCCAAACAUGAGUUUGUGUGGUGCCCUAAGAAGAUCCAGAUGAUUUUCUCAAAUGGAGAAGAAUUCUCAGAUAGUAGGCAAACAAUGGCAGGCCAUUACCAGCAUGGUAACUACUUAGAUGACAGAGAUGUCAGUGACAACCUGUCCAUUCCUCGCAAUGCUAUUGUUAGCACAGCUGAUUCCAUUCAGCACCCUGUUCCAAGAUUGGUUUCCCCAAAAAACUAUGAUUUGGCCCCUGAGCGUGCAUCAAUAAGGCAUUAUGAAGAUGUUCCAAAGUAUGUAGCUACUCACUCUACAGGGCAUUCACAUACUGCCCAAGGUAAUGUAAAGACUCGGUCCCCCACCAAAGAUGUUUUAAAUAAUCAGGGAAAUGAGAAAAUAGAGAGUGCACCCACUAAAGAUUCAGAAGGAAAGAACAAUUCAGUGAAAGAGCCACUUAAUAAAGAGGUUUCACUGAGUCAGUUAAAGAUGGAAUGCUCAGCAAUUGAGCAAUCUACUCAAGAGGUAUCCCAGAGCCCGGAUAAGACCACCGAGGGUCCAGCCAUAGACCAAUGUCCUAAAGACCCAUCCCAGAGCCCGGAUAAGACCACUGAGGGUCCAGCCAUAGACCCAUGUCCUAAAGACCCAUCCCAAAGCCCGGAUAAGACCACUGAGGGUCCAACCAUAGAGCUAUCUCCUCAUAACGUACCCCAGAGCAAGGUUAAUAAAGCCAGAACCAGAGAUGCCCCAAAGAGCUGCCGCGCCAAAAAGCCUAGAAUUGGGGAAAUUACCAAAACAGUUUCGGAGAGCACCAGUAAAACACCAAAUAAGAAUCCUCCUUCUACCAGAGAAAAGCAAUAGGAUCUGUACAUUAAACAGGUGUUAAAUGUAACAGUGGAGAUAUGAAUAAGAUGAGUGUAUUCACCCAAAUAGGUAGAUUGUGAAGCAACCAGAAAACCAGAGGGCAUAAAAGCAAAGGGGAAGGGGAAGAUUUUGAUCAUUUAAUAAAGUAUAAUGAAAUUAUAAUUGACUGUAAUGUAUACUUAGUAUCAGUGAUGUAUAGUACUUAAGUAAACAAACUUUAAAGUAAUACUUAAGUCGUUUUUUUGGAGUAUCUGUACUUUAUUUUACAAUUUAUAUUUUUACUCCACUACAUUCCUAAAGAAAAUAAUGUACUUUAUACUCCAUAUAUUUUCUAUGACACCCAAAAGGACUCGUUACAUUUGGAAUGCUUAGCCGGACAGGAAAAUGGUCCAAUUCACGCACUUAUCAAGACAACAUCCCUGGUCAUCCCUACUGCCUCUGACUCGCUAAACACACAUGCUUCGUUUGUAAAUUAUGUCUGAGUGUUGGAGUGUGCACCUGGCUAUCCGUAAAUAAAAACAGAAAAAAAUGUAA